AUGUUUCUCGUAUCUACAAUUUUAAUAAUUUUAUUAAUUUAUUUAUACCUAAAAUGGAAUUAUUCCUACUGGAAGCGAAUGGGACUGGCAUAUCUAGAACCAGAAUUAAUAUACGGAAACACAAAGGAAUUCCUGACUAGGAGCUUGUCUUUCGGGGAUCAAUUCGUUAAAUUAUACAACCAACUAAAAUCAAGAGGACUGAAACAUGGUGGAGUAUUUUUGAUGCAACGUCCUACGUAUAUGCCGAUAGAUUUGGAUAUCGUGAAGAAUAUUUUGCAAAGGGAUUUCAGUUAUUUCGUGAAUCAUGGGAUGUUUUUUAACGAGGAAGUUGAUCCUCUUACGGGGCAUUUAUUUAACCUGGAAGAUGAAAAAUGGAGAAAACUUAGAGCGAAAUUAACGCCAACAUUUACGUCAGGUAAAAUGAAAAUGAUGUUCUCCACUAUGGUCGAGUGCACAGAGGGCUUGGAACACAUCUUGGAAGAAUACUCAAGGCUGCAAGACGGUAUAGAUAUAAAAGAUGUAGCAUCUAGAUUUACCACUGAUGUAAUAGGAUCUGUAGCUUUCGGUAUCGAUUGCAACAGUUUAAAAAACCCCAAUUCUGAAUUUAGACAGUUCGCGAAGAAAAUUUUCGAACAGAGCACUAUAAGACGUUUGAGAAACAUCUUUAGUACACUAGUACCAAGACAUAUUUUAAUAAAAUUCAAAUAUAAGCAAACAAAUCCCGAAGUAGAAGAGUUUUUCAUGGGAGUAGUAGAAAGCACUGUAAAUUAUAGAGAAAAAAAUAACGUAUAUAGAAAAGACUUCAUGCAUCUGUUAUUACAAUUAAAGAAUAGAGGAACCGUUGUUGACGACGAACAAAUCAUUGUUAAAGAAGAAAGAAACAAAGACGGCCAUUUUCUCACCCUUAAUGAAGUAGCUGCACAAUGUUUCGUGUUUUUCGUAGCAGGUUUCGAAACGUCGGCCACGACUAUGACGUUUGCUCUUUUAGAAUUAGCCCUGAAUCUUGAUAUUCAGGAUAAAUUAAGGAAAGAAAUAGAAUCUGUUUUGAAGAAGUAUGGAAAUAAUAUAACGUACGAAGCUGUGAUGGAUAUGACGUACUUAGACAAAGUUGUUCAUGAAACUUUGCGAAAACAUCCUCCAAUACCAGGAGCCCCACGUGUGUGCAACAAACCAUACACCAUUCCAAAUACGAAUGUAACUUUAGAAGUUGGUACCAGAGUGCAUAUUCCAUUCCAAGCAAUUCAAAGAGAUCCUGAACAUUAUCCUGAUCCGGAAAAAUUUGAUCCAGAACGGUUUAGUGAAGAGAACAAAGCAAAGAGGCAUCCAUUUGCUUUUAUACCUUUUGGAGAAGGGCCAAGGAUUUGUAUUGGUUCUAGAUUUGGAAUGCUGCAAGCAAAAGUUGGGUUGGUAUCUAUAAUCAAGAAUUUCAAAGUAACUUUAAAUGCUAAAACUCCAGUUCCGAUUAGAUACACGACAAAAGCUUUUGUUACAGCAGUUGAAGGAGGUGUUUGGUUAAACGUUACUAAAUUGGAAUAG